ACGUGUUUUCAUCUGCCAGUCAUUAAGGGCAGAAAUCUUUGAUUUUACGAACGUUCGUCAACAUAAAUUGUUGUACUAAAUUCAAAGAAGAAACGCAAUCCGCUUCCAAGACGCGAUUACAGUGAUUACACACUACACCCGAUAUUAGGCAAUUAAAUUAUUUGUACGCCCCAACGCUUGACUAACCCAACCAUAUCCAAUGGAAGCCGUAGAGGGUAAAGGCUUGGUCAUCAAAAUGGCCCAAAAGAACAAGGAGACCCAAACUGUGAAGCUGAUGGCCGGAGGCGGGAUGGCCAACAACUGGUUUACCCCGUCGGCAUAUGGCGCUGGUGGUGUUUCAUUUGCGAGCACUCCCAUGGCCUCGCCAUCGCCCAUUCCGCACCACAGUGUAUCGUGCCAGUUCUACAUGGACCGCGAGGAGCAGCUGUACCGCCGCGCCUGCGAGAUGAAGGGCAUCCGGGUGGAGCGGGUCCACGAGAUCCGCGAGGAGGAGGACGACUCGAACGGCUCCGAGGAGGAGCCUACUAAGGCCAUCCGCUACCGCUACACUCUGGACGAGAUGAAAAGCUUCAACCCCUAUCGUUUUAUCAACUUUUAAGUGUUCCCAAAACGUCUCGAGUAUCGUCCAUGUCGCCACAUUCCCAUUUCCAUCCAUAUCGCAUCGUCAGUAUAAUCGUAUCCACGUAGGGUCCAUUACUCGGUCUAGUUUCGUCACCAUCCCCUCAAUCCACUCAAGAUGCCAGCUUGUAGCUGCACCACCCAUGCCUCCAAACCCAAACCCACAUGGGAAUCACACGAGAAACUUGAACCCAGCAUACCAACCAUUUGCUUGUUGUUACCGUAUAGCCAACUCGAUGAAAACAAUAAAGAAUUGUUCAUAAAUGACAUCCUGGCAU